AUGGCGAGGGCCCGGCUGCGGAAGGAGAAAGGGCGCUCCCGGCCCGGGCCGGAGAAGAAGAUGGAGCCGGCCAAGAGACGUGGGCUACGGGGCAGCACUCAAAGAUUGCAAGCUGAGCUCGACUUGGGAACAGGCCCCCAGGCCUCUCCUGCACCCCACGCUGGAGGGACAGGGGGGUUCCUGGACGUGCCACCCCAGCAAGAGGUCCCCUCCCAGCUGGACCCAAGCGUGCUUCAUCUGUGGGAAACGCAGUUCCAGGAGUUCCUGAAAGACUCUGUCUUCGAGCAGCGGCUGCUGGAGGAGCUGAGCCCCUGGGAGGACCCCAGGGCCUUCCUGGCCUCCUUUGAGAAAGUGGCCGUGGCCUGCCGCUGGCCGAGAAAAGAGUGGGUGACGCGGCUGCUGCCGGCUCUCAGCGAGGAGGCCGAGAAGGCCUUUGUCAGGCUGGCGGCCGAGGAUCGGGAAGACUUCUGGAAGGUGAAGGCGGCCAUCCUGCGCCGGGAGUCCACCGCCCGGGAGAAGCAGCGUCAAGAGUUCCGCCGGUUCUGCUACCAGGAAGCCAACGGCCCGCGGGAAGUCCUCGCCCGGCUCCAGGGGCUGUUAUGCCAGUGGCUGCGUGCCGAGAGGAGCAGCAAAGAGCAGAUUCUGGAGCUCCUGCUUCUAGAACAGUUCCUGAACAUCCUGCCGCGGGAAAUGCAGAACUGGGUCAAGGAACGCGCCCCGGAGACGUGUGUGGAAGCUGUGACUCUGGCAGAGGACUUUUUGAGACGGCUCCAAGCGGCCGAAAGGAGGGGAGAGCAG